GAGAUGCAUUAAGUUUAGAACGAGUUGAUGCCUGUCUUUGAAUGCACUUGAAGUGUUCUUUAUUCUUAAAGCAAUAUCAGGCACUGGUAUUUGUUUGUUUUUCCCCCCCUGGAAUGGGAAAAUAAGAAUCUCCUUGGAUUGGAGUCCUCCGGGGUAGGGAGUGAAAGCCCCGGAGGCAGGCAGGGACGGAGAAGAGGGGCUUGCCCAGAGCAUGGAUAGGAAAGGAGCAGGGGCUCUCCAGGGCUCAGCGCGCACUGAGGAUCUGUGCCCGGGGCUGCAGCUGCGGAUGAGAAAGGCGCUGUCUGGCUAAUGAAGGCCACCUGGAUCAGGCUUCUGAAAAGAGCCAAGGGAGGAAGGCUGAAGAAUUCGGAUAUCUGUGGUUCGGCAGACUCCUACACCAGCCGUCCGUCCGACUCAGAUGUUUCUUUGGAGGAAGAUCGGGAGGCAGUGCGCAGAGAAGCAGAGCGACAGGCCCAGGCGCAGUUGGAAAAAGCAAAGACAAAGCCCGUUGCAUUUGCUGUUCGGACAAAUGUCAGCUAUAGUGCGGCCCACGAGGAUGACGUUCCGGUGCCAGGCAUGGCCAUCUCCUUCGAAGCAAAAGAUUUUCUGCAUGUUAAGGAAAAAUUUAACAAUGACUGGUGGAUAGGGCGACUGGUUAAAGAAGGCUGUGAAAUCGGAUUCAUUCCAAGCCCAGUCAAACUAGAAAAUAUGAGGCUACAGCAUGAACAGAGAGCCAAGCAAGGGAAAUUCUACUCCAGUAAAUCAGGAGGAAAUUCAUCAUCCAGUUUGGGUGACAUAGUACCUAGUUCCAGAAAAUCUACACCUCCGUCCUCCGCUAUAGACAUAGAUGCUACUGGCUUAGAUGCAGAAGAAAAUGAUAUUCCAGCAAACCACCGCUCCCCUAAACCCAGUGCAAACAGUGUAACGUCACCCCACUCCAAAGAGAAAAGAAUGCCCUUCUUUAAGAAGACCGAGCACACUCCUCCGUACGACGUGGUACCUUCCAUGCGACCCGUGGUCUUGGUGGGCCCUUCUCUGAAGGGGUAUGAGGUCACAGAUAUGAUGCAAAAAGCAUUGUUUGAUUUUUUGAAACACAGAUUUGAAGGACGUCAGCUUUCCCACGGAAAGAUCUUCCACUCUGACCCCCGGAGGAUGCAAGCCUGGCUAUCAAAACUGAUAUCCAUCACAAGGGUCACGGCCGACAUCUCGCUCGCCAAGCGCUCAGUGUUAAACAAUCCCAGCAAGCACGCGAUAAUAGAAAGAUCUAACACAAGGUCAAGCUUAGCGGAGGUUCAGAGUGAAAUCGAAAGGAUUUUCGAACUUGCAAGAACACUGCAACUGGUCGUCCUUGACGCAGAUACUAUUAAUCAUCCAGCUCAACUUAGUAAAACUUCCUUGGCUCCCAUUAUAGUAUAUGUGAAGAUUUCUUCUCCUAAGGUUUUACAAAGGUUAAUAAAAUCUCGAGGGAAAUCGCAAGCUAAACACCUCAACGUCCAGAUGGUGGCAGCGGAUAAACUGGCUCAGUGUCCUCCAGAGCUGUUUGACGUGAUCCUGGACGAGAACCAGCUGGAGGACGCCUGCGAGCACCUUGCCGACUACCUGGAGGCCUACUGGAAGGCCACCCACCCUCCCAGCAGCCAUCUCCCCAACCCUCUCCUCAGCCGGACUCUAGCCACUUCAGCUCUGCCUACCAGCCCCACUCAAGCCUCUAAUUCACAGGGAUCUCAAGGAGAUCAGAGGACUGAGCGCUCCGCUGCCGCCCGUUCUGCCGCCCCAGCCGAAGACGAGCCCUGCCCGGAGCCCGUCAGGAAACCCCAACACCGGUCCUCAGCUCAGCACCACGGCCAUCGCGGCGGGACGAGUCGAGGCCUCUCCAGGCAGGAGACGUUUGACUCGGAGACCCAGGAGAGCCGAGACUCUGCCUACGUGGAGCCCAGGGAGGACUACCCCCACGAACACGGGGACCACUAUGCCUCACACCGCGACCACAACCAUAGAGACGAGCCCCACGGGAGCAGCGAGCACAGACACAGGGAGGCUCGGCACCGGGCCAGGGACCUGGAGCGCGAGCAAGACCACAGUGAGUGCAACAGACAGCGCGGCCGCCAUAAAUCCAAGGACCGCUACUGUGACAAGGACGGAGAGGGCCUAGCCCGCAGACGGAACGAGGCCGGCGAGUGGACCAGGGAUGUCUACGUCCGCCAGUGACUUCUGCUCUUUUGUGUUGUUGUUGUUUUUUUUAAGUCUUGUAUGACACCACCCUCAGACUAAAUCUUGGGGGUCUACACUGCAGUCAUAUGUGAUCUGUCUUGUAUACUUUGUACUGCUGUUGCUUGAAGAGCAACAGCAUGAUUGGUAAGGAGUAUUAAGACACUUGUUCUUUCCGUCAGCUGGCCCGGUGCGGUGCCGCACUCCGGUGGUAUACGGGACUUACCACAAACCGCUUCGGAGAGCUGCCGCUUGAACAAAAUCUGCUGCCAUCCAGGUGGCUUUAGGAUUUUAAGAAACAUAGUUGAUGUUUUCAAAAAUGUACUUAAUGUAUCCAGCAAGCCAGAACUGGCCCAGAUAAAAAAGAGGAAUUUCUUGAUUCUCCAGAUUUUUAAUACGUAGGCACCUGAUUUGCAUACUCAUUUAUCCAUGGACCACCGUUUCUUGCUUGUACCUCUGGCUGACUAAAUUUGGGGACAGAUUCAGUCUUGCCUUACACAAAGGGGAUCAUAAAGUUAGAAUCUAUUUUCUAUGUACUAGUACUGUGUACUGUAUAGUUUGUAAAUGUUAUUUCUGCAAACACCUUCUUAUGAUAAUUAUAUAUAUAAUAUAUAAAUAUAUAUAUAUCAGUUUGAUCACACUAUUUUAGAGUCUUAAUGCCAAGUCAGCAGAUUUGCUUUACGAAUUACAGGGACGAGAAAUGCCCACCUUCAGGAAAUUUGUUACAUUGUCUAGACGUCCCCAUUCUAGGAGAAAGUCUGUACAUACUGUAAAUACGCGUGAUUGCCUGACUUGAAAAGGUUUGAUUUCUGAAUGUUUUACCAUCCUUGUAAGUUUAUAAUUUUGACCAUAAAUUAUGGUAAAUCUAACCAAACUCCAAAGGUUGUUCUAAUCCAUGCAGUUCACACUGAUCGUGACAAACACGCUCUCCGUAGUUAGUGUCUUCUGUCGCUGCACUGGACUGUACGAGCCAGACCUCUCUGGGUGCGAGUGUGUCUGUGUGUAAGAGUGUGUACGCGUGUGCAUGAGCGACUGAGACGGACCUGGUGCCGAAGACGCAAGACUGAUGGCCUCGAAUCCUACCCACCUGGCUUUGUGUUUAGCUGCGCUGCGUGGCUCUUCAGUAACCCAGCGAGCAGUCAGGGGAUGGAGGAAGCUCUGCCCAGGUGACCAGGAAAGCUUUCAUCUGCUGGCUCCCAGGUUUUGCUCCUAGAGUAAGAAUACAGGCAACUUUUAACUGUGAGUGUUUCACUGGAAAUGUACAAUCUUCGUGUGUCUGAGUAUUUGUUUUAGUAAGAAAUGUUUACACAGCUUGUAGAUUUCGUGGGAAAAUAAAUUUUUCUAACUUCUCCCACCUCCUUUUCUAAACCUUGCCUAUCGCUCCUGUCGUUUCUCUCCCUCAAAUGUACCCUCCGUUCCACUCCCUGCCUCCAGCUCCAACACGACCACUGUCCCUCAGACCGAGAAGUGCGUCUUAGAACCAAAGUUUCUGCUCUUCAGAAGUAAUCAGGGCAAAAUGAGGGGACUUGAAGGGAACAAAACGUUAAGAGUAUCUUCCUACGUCAGACACCCACGCUGAAGGGGAGCCCGGAAGAUCCUAUUUCCCACGCCUCGAUGACAGCACUGUCCGCAGCUCGCAGUGUGCUUGCCACGCUAAGGCUGAAACCUAUUCCGUGUCACUGUGUGUCCAUUUUGUCCAGUUGUGACUGGACAGGUAAGACAGUAUUAGGUGUGCAAGUACCUCGCACCUGACGUUUGUCCCUGGAAAAUGCUGAUCUCUAAUGGCCUAACUUCAGCUCUACACAUUGUAAAAGGAUUAUUUUGUUAAAUGGGUUAAUCUAUUUUUGAUUAUUCCAGGUUCUUGCCAAACAUUCUUGGACCUUUAUAUGUACAGUGGUUUCACAUUUAACUCCUUAUUUCCCUCCCUGCACAAAAAAACUCAGUUUUACAAAUGAGUUACAGUUAAAGGGUUUUAUCAGCUACUAUAAGAAACAUUUUCCUCAGAAUUAAUCUUUUUGUUAAUUAGCUCUGUACCGUUGACAAAUUUAUUUACUGAAGAUGAAAACAGUAGUCCUAUACAUUUCUGAUGUAAAAUAGUCAUAUCAUUGGGACACCAUAUUCCAGUCAAAGUUACCUGUAUAAAAUAUUUCUGAAAAUUUUCAUCCCAAUUAAUAACUUUGGAUAUCUAAAUUCUUGAAGUAUAACUGGUAUUUCUCUGACUUGCUGCUACCACUAAUCCUUUUCAAAGAGUCAUGCCAAAAGAUUCCAGUUUUAGAAUUUUAUAUCUGGAUUCUUAAUUUUUCACUUUACUGUCAAACAUAUUAGUCCAAAUCCAAGUAUUCCUCAAAAAAACUAUCUCGCCAGAUUCGACACGAGCAGCUCUAUCUGGAAACUGUAUAGCAGACUUAUGUGUAAACAGUGUGUUCUAAAUCUAUAAAUGAAGAAAUAAUCCCAAGGGCAAGGGGAGAUGUAUUGACUUGUGGAAUGUAAAAUUAGUCUUUUCACUCAGUAAAGGCUUAAUCUUAACCUACUCAGUUGUAGAAUCCUGAUCUUUGUAGUCAACGCAGAAAAUGCUGGCAAUGUCCUUUAUAGUUCUGUGUUUUAUUGUCAAAUCCAUUUCAGUUUCUCCUGUGCUCUUUCUCUACUGCUCAUUUAAGUUACUGUUACAAAAAGGUGCUGCUAAAUGUAGGAUGUCUUAGUCAUACUGUACUUUGGGACAACGCCACAUUUUUAACAUGGUCUGCUAUGCGUUCCUGUUACACAUUCACUGUCAGCUACACUGAACUGUUCCAGAAAUCUGGUUGAAAGUCAUUCAUAUAAAACAAAUAAAGAGCUGGCUUUCUGCACUGUUA